CCCCUAUCUUUCUUCCCGCUCCCAUUUUAGGCGGUUGAAGACGUUGGCGGUUAGGGCAUGGAAACUGUUCAGAGUUAGCACCAAUUUCGGGGAGAAGAUCACCAUAUUUGGGAGCUAAGGCAAAAUUGUCAUCAAUGGGAGGGGCGCAAUCCGAAAGAGAGGAGAAAGUCUCUUUGGAGCUAACCGAAGAAAUCCUUCAGAGCAUGGAAGUCGGCAUGACAUUCAGAGACUAUAAUGGUAGAAUCAGUUCAAUGGAUUUUCAUAGGACUUCAAGCUAUCUGGUGACUGCAAGUGAUGAUGAAUCCAUCCGUCUUUAUGAUGUUGCAAGUGCAACAUGUUUGAAAACAAUUAACAGCAAAAAGUAUGGGGUUGACUUGGUUUGCUUUACUUCUCAUCCGACAACAGUGAUAUAUUCUUCAAAAAAUGGAUGGGAUGAGUCUCUGCGACUUCUCUCCUUGAACGACAAUAAGUACCUGCGGUAUUUUAAAGGCCAUCACGACAGAGUUGUAUCACUCAGCUUAUGCGCUCGCAAAGAAUGCUUUAUAUCUGGUUCUCUUGAUCGGACUGUUUUGCUUUGGGAUCAAAGGGCAGAGAAAUGCCAGGGUCUUUUACGUGUACAAGGAAAGCCAGCUACAGCUUAUGAUGAACAAGGGCUGGUAUUUGCUAUUGCCUUUGGAGGUUAUAUAAGGAUGUUUGAUGCUCGCAAAUAUGAGAAGGGUCCUUUCGAUAUAUUUUCUGUUGGGGAAGAUGUAUCUGAUGCAAAUGUGGUAAAGUUCAGUAAUGAUGGCAGACUCAUGUUGUUGACGACUAUGGAUGGGCAUAUUCAUGUUCUUGAUUCUUUCCGAGGAACACUUUUAUCCACGUACAAUGUGAAACCCAUUUCAAGGAAUUCCACAUUGGAGGCAUCUUUUAGCCCGGAGGGAAUGUUUGUGAUAUCAGGUUCAGGAGAUGGCAGUGUUUAUGCAUGGAGCGUAAGGAGUGGAAAAGAGGUUGCAAGCUGGAUGAGUUCUGAAAUGGAACCACCUGUCAUAAAGUGGGCUCCUGGAAGUCUAAUGUUUGCGACUGGAUCCUCCGAACUCUCAUUUUGGAUACCUGAUUUGUCUAAAUUGGGAGCUUAUGUAGACAGAAAAUAGAAAUCUUGUGAUUUGUUAAACACCGGUGAAAAUGACUUGUCUACCAUCAUAGUCAUGGAGGAAAUGACGAUCUGUGUAGAUAACAUCCUGACUUCUUUCUCAAAUCAAUUGGUUCAGUGAGGGAUGUACAAUAGGAAGGGAGCAGCAGGUAUUAACUGUAACGUUGCAAAACUGUUUUUGAUGCUUAAGAAGCUGCCCAUUAAUCAUGGCUGGAAGUGUUAUUAACUUUUAAAUUUCAACAUAUCUCAAAAGUGUAAAUCAAACCUAUACAUGACUGUGGAAUCCAAAUUAUUAUUGGUUUAAAGCAUUCAAAGGAUUUUGAGUAUGUAAUCUAGCUAGUCUACAUCCUGUCAAGGAGAAUACUCUCUAUCAGUACUUUGUAAUGGGAAAAUGUUAUCAUGUUUUGUAUGAUACAAAAUUCUUUAUUGAUUAGGAA